AUGGUCAGUACCGCCUCCACCACCGCAGCCGCUGCCUCAGACAACGUCAAUGGCCAUGCUGAAGCUCCAGUGUUGUUCUCCAACAAGAACAACGCCAGACUUAUCCACUUGAACAGGCUCAAGAAGCUCAACUCGUUAAACACCGAGAUGGUGGAGCUCAUCACCCCCAGGCUCUUGGAGUACGCCAAGUCGUCCGCCUCCAACGUGGUGAUCUUGACAUCCAACUCCCCCAAGGCGUUAUGUGCUGGCGGUGAUGUGGCCGAAUGCGCCACCCAGAUCGCCCAGGGCAACCCUGGCUACGCCAGCGACUUCUUCCAGAAGGAAUACAACUUGAACUACCUCAUCUCGACCUACUCUAAGCCAUACAUCUCGUUGAUGGACGGCAUCACCAUGGGUGGUGGCGUGGGUCUUUCCGUACACGCUCCUUUCAGGGUCGCCACCGAGAAGACCAAGUUGGCCAUGCCUGAGAUGGAUAUCGGCUUCUUCCCCGACGUGGGAACCACCUUUUUCUUGCCAAGAUUGGACCACAAGUUGGGUUACUACUACGCAUUGACAGGUGAGAUCUUAUCUGGUAUCGACGCCUACUUCGCCGGCUUUGCCACCCACUACGUCAACUCCGACAAGAUCCCCCAGUUAAUCAACAGAUUGUCCAACUUGCAGCCUCCUGUCAUCAACGACAAUAAGACCACCUCCUCGGAAAUCAUAUUCAACAACGCCGAAUACUUUGCCCAAGUCAACCAAGUCAUCGAAGAAUUCACCGAGAACAAGUUGCCAGACGGUGCCAAGUACCCAUUCUCUGCCGAGCAGUUGACCAUCAUAAGAACCGCAUUCAGCCAACCUUCUGUCGACGCCAUCUUCGACUACUUGAACAAGGAAGGCUCAGAAUUCUCGCAAAAAAUCGUCAAGAAGUUGUCCGCCAAGCCAAUCUCCUCCCUCAAGGUUGCAUUCGAAUUAUUGAACAAGGGUCAAGAAAACACCAUCAAGAAGCAAUUGGAGUUGGAGAUGGUUGCCGCCACCAACGUCAUGAACCAACCAGUCGAAAAGAAUGACUUUGUCAAGGGUGUUACCCACAAAUUGAUCAAGAAGAUCAAGGAACCACCUAUUCCUGAUUGGAACCCAGCUUCGGAGAUUGACGAAAAAUACGUCAAAGACAUUGUUUCUUCUUCUAUGAAGACCGUCAAGUUCUUGCAAAGCCCAUUGAUCCACAAAUUCUUUGGCAUCGACUACAAGCAAUACCCUUUUAACAUGGGUUUGCCAAACACCACCGAGGUGGCCAAUUUCAUAACGGGUAAUGAUGGCUCAAACAGAUCCUACUUGCCAACUCCAUUCGAAGUUACCAAGCACUUCGAAAGAAAGACCGACAACAAGUUGGGUGUUAAGGAAAAGAUUGAAAGUAUUCUUGAACUCCAUGGUGAUGUCUCCAAAUACGAUGGUAAGUACGUCAGCUGGAAGGCAUGA